ACUGAUUUCAAGGCAUCAUGAAAGCAAGAACGCAAGGAUCUGAUGGUGAAUAUCGAGGCUUUCGGGGCUGGCAAGACAGCAUUUGCAACAGAAUAUUCCGUUGAUUUCACUCGUGGGGAGGCUGACUUAGGAGACUCUGUGUGGGCGUUGUAUGGGGCAGACGUUCCUUUCAUACUGCAAGAGGGGAGGGGGCAUUAUGAAUUGGUUGGUGAUUGUUAUCUGCACAGAGCCGGCCGACCGUUCCUUUGCCAGCACUGUUGGUUUGAUGUAGCGCCAUGACCCAUGUAGAUGGAGAUCAUUGAUAUCUGGUAGUGCUCGUAUUUACAUGCCUCCUGCGCUGCCAGAAG